AUGCAGUUUUUUGUGCGUGGCACGCAUAUCCUUCAGCAUGCCAAAGCUUGUGGUCGUGCCCCUCAACCAAUCACAGAUGGCUUGACAGCAGCGUGGCAUGAGCCAUGUCAUGCUGCCUGCUGGCUUAGCUCAACUUCUCGCAAUAUAUCAACCAAGCGCUACACCGCACAUGAUGACUUUGCACAGCCAAAGCAGAUUCCUACGCAUGUCCUACGUCGGACAGAGGGCUGGGGUGCUCAUAGCCGUGCUGGUGAAAAAUUCAAUAUGAUAGUGAACACAACAGAGCACUUAGUGCUUGAACCAACAGAAGAGGAGAAGUGGCUUGCUUCCCAGCUCAAAGUAGCAGGCAACAAAAAGAAUGGACAGUGGCAAAAAGUGGUUGCUACAUAUUCUGGGUUUAGUCCAUUGGUGCUGACUGCUGCAAUGCAGGCAGCUUUGAAACAGGGGAACUACGAGGAAGGCUACGAGAUUUAUAGAAGGAUCAGACACAUGACACUACCUACUUAUACGAUCUCAAUGAAGCUCCUUGGGAAGCUGGGGCAACAUGAUGAAAUCGAACGGCUGUGGGGACAGCUGAUGAAGAUGGACAUUGUCGGUCAACCUGAAGCUUCAGGGCGCAUUGAUGCAGCGGCAGACAAUGGAGACAUUCAAGCAGCGGUACGCGUUCUGCACUACCUCCAAGAAAAACGUCUUGAGGCUGACAAGCUUCAUUUCUCGUCAGCCAUCAAUGCUUGUGCAAACGCCAAAGAUGCAGAUCGUGCACAAUCAGCUCAACGCUUGUUUGAUGAGAUGUUAGCUGUCGGUUUGAAGCCAGACAUUGCAACGUACACCAACUUGCUUCGAGCCUUGGCAAAUGAACCAAGGCAACGUUUGUUGAACCUGCUGACGGAUGUGAAGAACCAGAAUCUAACAUGGAAUGGAGUGUUUGCAGAGACCUUUCUCUUCAUCUUCCUGCAGUCACCCCAAAAAGGGGUCUGGACCAAAGUGGAUGUCAUUGCUUCACAUCUGCGGAAACUGUCCCUAGCCGACGUGCAGACUGCGAAGGAGUUUGUUGAUGAGCUCAAGCGUUCAAAUGUCAAAUUGAACAAGUCCUGCAGGCUGAUCGACGAGGCCAUUCAGUCUGUCCUGCAAGAAGCCCGCAAAGCUUCCCAGAUGACAGCUGCAGCUGCAAGCCGCCACCUGGCGAUGCCGCACUGCCAGCCGGUGCUGGCCUUGAGCAGUGUUGAUAGUCGAACAAGGAAGAUGCAGUUGGGGAAGGAGCAGAUGGCUGAGAGGCGGUUGGCAGAGUGUGGGGGCGGAGCUGUGCACGUCCGCGGGGGCGGACAGAAUCUUGAGAAGGAGUUUAGCAUGAUUCUAUCGGCUGGCUCUUUAGAACAGCCAGCUCUUUUGGACCCCGAACUGCAGCUCUUGGGGUUCCACAGAUUGAUCCAAUUCUGCAAGGAUUUGCAGCUUCUGAGCAAGCACCUGCCAGCAUCAGCGGCGCAGCCCCUGCAGAGGACCCGUGACAGCAAGGAAGGACAUUGGCAGAAGCUGUUUGACGAGUAUUCGGGGUCUAGUCCAAUUGUGCUCAAUGCUGCGAUGCACGCAGCUCUGAAAAAGAGGGACUACGAGGAAGGCCUCAAAAUCUACAAAAGGGUCAGACACAUGACAUUGCCGACGUAUACAAUCUCCAUGAAGCUCCUUGGGAAGCUUGGGCAACAUGAUGAAGUCGAACGACGCUGGAGACAGUUGGUUGAGUACGACCUGGUUGACCAACCUGCAGCUGGAGGACGCAUUGAUGCAGCGGCAGACAAUGGAGACAUUCAAGCAGCUGUACGGGUUCUUGACUACAUGAAGGAAAAAUGUAUUGAAGCAACCACACUGCACUUUUCAUCAGCAAUCAACGCUUGUGCCAACAGCCAAGAUUCAAAUCGAGCCAAAGCAGCUCAAGGGUUUGUUGAUGAGAUGUUGCGGACUGGUUUGAAGCCGAAUAUUGUGACAUAUGCAAACGUGCUUCGUGCGUUCCGACAAGAACCAAGGCAACGUUUGCUGAAUCUGCUGGUGCAUAUGAAAGAACAGCAUGUGGAAGCAAACGUAGUGUUUGCGGAGACGUUUCUUUUCAUUUUCCUCCGGUCACCUCACAAAGGGGGCUGGACCAAUGUGGAUGUCAUUGCUUCACAUCUUCGGAAAUUGUCCCAGGCCGAUCUAGAGGCUGCAAAGGGCUUUAUUGAUGAGCUCAAGGGCACAAAGGUCGAAUUGAACAAGUCCUGCAGGCUGAUCGCGGCCGCUGUUCGACUUGUCCUGCACGAAGCCCGCAGUGUUGUGGGUCGUAGACGUCACGCAGAAGAGGCCGCGGAGAAGAGAUCUUGA